GCGUCGCCUUCCCUGCCUCUUUGUGUUUAAUGCGUAUCUCUGUAUUACCGUCAAAUUGGCUUUCAAACACAGCAUCUUAUUUCCUUCUGUAGCCGCCACGGACCCAAUGCUCCUCAAGCCUUAUCGAACCAGUUCAGUCGACUGGAAGCCGUCUUCGGUGGUUGCCCUUGCCACCAGCCCCGACGACUCUCAGGUUGCCGCGGCCCGUGAGGAUGGCUCGCUCGAGAUUUGGCUUGUUUCCCCUGGCUCCGUUGGCUGGCACCACCAGCUGACUAUUCACGGGGAUUCUACUUGCCGGGUAUCGUCUCUCGUGUGGUGUUGUGUUGGUUCGAAAGACCCGUCUUCUGGCAGGUUGUUCUCUUCGCGUAUUGAUGGCUCAGUCUCGGAAUGGGAUCUUUUCAACUUGAAACAGAAGAUUGUGCUAGAGUCUAUUGGGGUUUCAAUCUGGCAGAUGGCUGUGGCACCGGUUAUUGAACUGCCAGCUUCUGAAGAGACUAGGUCUCAACAUUUUGGGAAUGGAUAUUUGAAUGAUAAACAUGAAUAUAGUGGAAGUGACGAUGCAGAGAACUCUGAAGAUGAAGAUGCUUCUGACUCGGAACAAGUUCAUCGGGGACUACUCAAAGAUGAUAGACGUGUAGUGCUUGCCUGUGAUGAUGGAGCUUUGCGGAUAUAUAAUGUUUCUAAUUUGGAUAAUUUCGUGUACCAUAAAUCGUUGCCCCGGGUCAGUGGGCAUGCUCUAAGUGUGACCUGGAGCCAUGACUCAACUAGGAUUUAUUCAGGGAGUAGUGACGGGUUGAUUAGAUGCUGGAAUGCUGAUUCUAGUCAAGAAAUUUUCAGAAGUACUGUUGCUCUUGGAGGUUUGGGAAGUGGGCCUGAGCUUUGCAUAUGGUCAUUACUUUCUUUGAGGUGUGGAACUGUUGUUAGUGCGGACAGCACUGGCUCUGUUCAGUUCUGGAAUGGUGAUAAGGGAACUCUUCUCCAGGCACAUUUGAACCACAAAGGAGAUGUGAAUGCCUUGGCAGCAGCUCCAAAUCUGAACAGGGUGUUCUCUGCUGGGUCUGAUGGACAGGUUAUUCUUUAUAAGCUUUGUACUGAGAAGCUAGAGUCUUGUGAUGGCAAAUCUUCUUCAGAAAUGAUGAAGAAAUGGGUAUAUGUCGGCUAUGUAAGAGCUCACACCCAUGACAUCAGAGCCUUGACAAUGGCAUUGCCCAUCAGUUCAGAAGGUUCUUUAUCUGAUGAGCCAAAAGAUUUGCAAGAUGAACAGGGGAAAAAGGUAAAAAGAAUUCGUAGGGAGAAGAAGCCCCUUGAUUGCAGCUAUGACAAAUGGGCCCAUUUUGGAGUUCCUAUGCUUGUUUCUGCUGGUGAUGAUGCGAAGCUCUUUGCAUACUCUGCUAAGGAGUUUACUAGGUUCUCCCCGCAUGAUGUUUGCCCUGCACCUCAGAGAGUUCCCAUACAACUGGUCGUUAGUUAGUUCAGUCAAACUUCUUUUCUCCUGGUCCAGGGAUCCUUUUGGUUAGAUGUUCUCUGUGUUCGUGUUCCCGAUGUGGGUUCUUGCCCCUAUGGUGGCCUUGCAACCACUAAUUUAGUGUCUCGAGUUAAGAGUAAGGCAUCUCGAAAGAUCAUUUGUAGUGCAAUGUCUAACUCUGGCGAGUUUUUUGGUUAUUCUGACCAAAUCAGACCCAGCCUAUUUACACUGAGUAGGCAAGCUGGCCAAAGUACGUGGAGCGUAAGUAAACGGCAACUUCCUCAGGGUCUUCCAUCUGCACAUUCUAUGGCUUUUACCUCUGAUGGGGUACGAAUGCUUAUUGCAGGGCAUGAUAGAAGGAUCUAUAUUGUAGAUUUAGGGGACUUGAAACUACUGCAUACCUUUACACUUUGUCGUGGGGAGUAUGAUAAAGAAGGGUCACUUGAUGAGCCUCCAAUAACAAAAAUGUUCACGAGUUCUGAUGGCCAGUGGUUAGCUGCUAUCAAUUGCUUUGGAGAUAUAUACAUAUUUAGCCUAGAGACACAAAGGCAACACUGGUUUAUAUCAAGAUUGGAUGGUGCCUUUGUUACUGCCGGUGGCUUUCCUCCUCAGGAUAGCAAUGUGCUUAUUAUCACAACAUCGUCAAACCAGUUCUAUAUAUUUGAUGUGGAAGCUCGACAAUUGGGAGAAUGGUCAAUGCAGCAUUCGUUCACUCUUCCCCAAAGAUACAAAGAAUUUCCUGGGGAGGUUAUCGGGUUGUCUUUCUGCCCUUCUUUAUCAUCAAAAUCUUCAUCCGUUAUCGUUUACAGUUCCAGGGCAAUGUGUUCGAUCGACUUUGGGAAGCCAGUAGACGAAGACGACGAGAGUGAGUUGGUAAAUGGAGCUUUGUUGAAGUUUACCAACAUGAAAAGGAAACAUUGGUUGAACGAAAGCCAGCAAUGUCGGAAAAACAAUUUUGAUAUAGUAGUUUUCCGAGAUCCCGUUUUAUUUAUCGGGCAGCUAUCAAAAAAUUCGGUGUUGAUCAUAGACAAACCAUGGAUGGAAGUGGUUAAAUCGUUCGAUUCAGCACCCGUGCAGAGACGUAUAUUUGGGACAUAGGCUGCGUGCCUUGCAGAACAAAGUUUUGUCUAUGCUUGUGACUACGGGAGAAUUCAAAAAGUGCAGCAUCACUUCCCCACUGAAAACAACUUUUAUUUCGAAAGGGACGGCGGGCGGCUGGGGUGGUUUUGUUGGGAUCAAAAGCACGAUGUUCUUCUGCCUCAAAAUGAUAAAUUUAAUUUGAGUCGGAUGUGCUUAGAAUGUUGUGUAAUGUACUCUGUAGUAUUACGCUACUGGUGUAGGGACAGGAAGAGUUU